AUGUGGUGUGGGUGGUUGAAAGUGUAUAAAUUUUUACUUCUUGGGUUAAGGGUAAGAAUUGGGGAUGGAAAAGGUACUAAAAUCUCUGAAACCACUUGGAUUCCUUUUAAUCCAAGGUUUAAACUUCUGGGGGGUAGCUGCAAAGAUCCUAAUCUUAUUUGGGUGAGUCAAUUAAUGGAUAUUGAUAACAGGAGAUGGAAGAGGAACCUGAUUUUAAGGAACUUUCACAUCCUUGAUGCUGAAGCAAUUCUGAGAAUUCCUUUAAACAUGUUAGAGGAGAAUGGUGAUUUGGAGAAGGCAGAAGAAGAUGUGGAAUUUGCUCUGGAAUCAAGGUCAAAAACUCAAGCACUUUUUGUGGUGCUGUUUGAACAAUUUGAAAAACAUCUUUUCUUUAAUUGCAACAAGGCAAGAACAGCUUGGAAGUUGGCUCAUAUUUCAUGGCAUAAUGAAGGAGAAAAAGAAGAAAGCUUCAGAAAUUGGUUGAUCAAAUUGGGAGACUUAAGGAGAGGAGAAGCUGUAGAGGAGAGGAUGCAGUUAUCGGGUGUGAGUUCAGCCUUGAAUGAGAUUGAUUGCUUAAACUGGGGGAAGUUCUUCUCAGUGGUUUCUCAGUCAAGAAUCCUUCUUUGCGGUUUUGGGUUGUCUUUGUUUCUUCUCAGUGGUGCUGAUCCAAGCUUUGCUGUUUCUCUGGUCUUGUUGCAGGAGCUCAUCCUUUUCCCUUUAGUGUUGUCUUGGCUGUUGAGCUUUGCUUUGGUGAUGUUGGGAGCUUUCUUAGUCUUCCCUGCGGUUAUUGUUCCCUGCACCUUUGUGUAG